CCUGAACCUUGAAAUAAGAUGGCCGCGCCCAGAUAGAAGGGACUUACAGUACUUUAGAAAGAAGAAAGAAUAAUUUAACAAAGUGUGUGUCUUUUCUUUUUCAUUAUUUCACUUUAAAGUGUUUAAUGAGGCAUGAUAAAAAGUUGCGAGAGAUAUUCAACCCGACAUAACUGUUGUUGUAUGGAUGGGGAGAUAUUCAUGAACAAUAGUGGUCUAUUGUCAAUUGACACUUCUUAGUAUUAUCACUCACUUAGACUUAGACACUAUUUUUACUAUUUGGAUAUUUUCAACUUUAUAUUCAUACGCAUAAAAAAUAAUACUGAAUCUCAUAGUCGUAACCUACUUGGGACAUUACUUGUAGUUAAGUAGGCUUAUAAAAUAAUUCUGAAAUAGACUAGCUCUAAUAAGUCUAAGCUAAUCCUAUUUCUAAUUAAUUAUUUAUUAUUGUGAAUUUUAUAUCUAUUUAAUUUAACUUUAACUAUUUUAAGUUAGUUUUAGGCUAACUUAGGGUGAUUUAGGCUAACUACUACUAUGACUAUGAAACUACUAUUAUUACUACUGUAGGUACUUUGGUAUAAAAAAUUUAUCAAAGCAGUAUAUAAGUAUAGUAAAGUAUAAUUGAGCAAACUUUCAAUUUAAAAAAAUGAAACCAAAAUCAACUUUCUUUCUUUAGUAGUUUCUGCUGUCAAUUUUCAAAGCACGACUUUGUUUGUCCUUUUUUAACCUGGACAGCAUCUCCACAUUCUGUGACCCAAUUCUGUUGUUCAUGUCACGAGCUAUAAUACUAGCUUGGAAUUGACUCAGUUUAGGCAGCUCAGCCACCCAGCAUCCAUCCUCAGACUACCAAGUCAACAACAAACAUCCAUCAAUCCCCGUGGCACUAAAGCCCAUGUAGGGCUUUGGCCUGCCUUACCACUUCCUUUCACACAUACCUAACUGAUGCUUUUCUUUUCCAUGCAUAGAUUCCCAGCUGCUGUAGAUCUUUUUCUGCAUCAUUUAUCCAUCUAAGCCUAGGUCUGCCUUUGAGCCGUUUUCCUGUGAUGUUUUGAUGGUGCACCCUCUUCACUCAUCUGUCAUUUGGCAUUCUUUCUAAGUGUCCUGCCUAGUGCCGUGACCUUUUUAUUUCUGCUUAUAGCGUGGGAUCCUGAUAUAAUUCGUACUAAAUUAAUCCAUAUUUUCUGGAGAACUUUUCUCUCUCAUGUGUUUAAUAGGUGUACUGCACUUUUUGCUAGGGUCCAAGUUUCACUUUACUACUGGCCUGAUUACAGUUUUGUAUAUAGUUUUCUUUGCUUUUUUAAAAAUGUUUUUUUUCUUUUGUGAAUACUGAAGUAUGCCCAAUUUCUGGAUGAUAUUCUUUUUUUUUUAUCCUUUUUUUUUUUUUUCUGUUAGUGAUUCAUUCCUUUCAUUUAUUAGGGACCCUAGGUAUUUGAAUUGAUUUAAUUUUUCAAAAUUUUGGUUUUUAAUUUUUUUCAAAUGUCUGUUUUUCUCUUAAUUUGUUUUUUUUUUAUUUUUUUUUUUUUUUUUUUUUUUUUUUUUUUUUUCCUUUUUUUUGUUUUUUUUUUUUUUUUUUUUUUCUUUUUUUUUUUUUUCUGUUAGUGAUUCAUUCCUUUCAUUUAUUAGGGACCCUAGGUAUUUGAAUUGAUUUAAUUUUUCAAAAGUUUGGUUUUUAAUUUGUUUCAAAUGUCUGUUUUUCUCUUAACAUAGUUAUGUACUUUUUUUUUUGGUUGCUAACUUCCAGCCUUGCUUGUAGUGAUGCGUCUUAUUAUUCAAUAAAAGGUUUAGAUAAGUCUUAACUAAUUUUCCCUGACAGUGCUAUGUCAAUAGCAUAUGCAAGAUACUGGAGGGGUUGGUUAUUGAGUGUCUAUUGGUUUUGGGUCUUUGUUUCAGAAAGUGUACUGAGAUUGUUCCUCAAGUGUUAAUGUGUAUGCUUCUUAUAACUCUCUCUUAUUUUAGGUUAAAUAGCAUACAAAACAGGGAUUCCCUCCUUGUCUUAGGUCUUAUUUAAUCAGAAAUUCCCUUGAAUAUUCACCCUCAUCCUUGAUUUUGCCUUGAUUUGUUUAAUGUUAUAUGUAAUCAGUCUUUACAGUUUGUUGAGUAUGCCAAACUCCUGCAGUCUCAUAUAGAUAUUUCCUUACCACUUAUUAAAAACCACUUGUUUAGAAAUUAUGUGCUAAAGAUUAGUAGUCGAAUUAUUUAAAGAAUCGUUUAUCAAGUGUAGUAGAAACUCAAAUAUCUUUAUAUCAGUUAUCAUGAUGUUUGUUACUCAGACUCAUAUUUUGGGAAACAGCUAAUUGCAGUAAACAUUAGUAAGAAAGGAAACAUGAUUAUGAGUUUAUUUUGAGUCACUUAAAAUGACAGGAAAUUUUAAUUUUCUGCAUUAUUUUAAAAAAAGAUGGCUAUUAUUUAAUUACAAACUUACUUUAUUUUAGAAGUAAUCUCUGUUUUUAGCAAUAAAAAUAAUAUCCCAUGAAAAAUUCAAGUCUAUUGUUAAUAAUGUUUUUUUUUUCCCCAGGACAGAAUUUGCUACAAAACAAAUGAAGUUUCACACAAUUACUAAGGGGACAGAUGAGCAGAGCACACUGACUUCUAAAUAGUUUUAAUUGUUAAAAUGACUCUGAUGGUGCUUUUUAACUUCAUUUCUUCUACUAAUCUGUACCUUGUACAAACAUCAUCACCUUGCACCCCCCUUCAGAUGUCUACACAAUUGUAAAUUUGUUGACAUAUUACUAGAUGCAUCACAAGAUGGAAAGUAGCUUAGAAUCAGCUAAACCGAUUGUCUUGGAAACUUUAGCCAAUGCAUGCAGCCAGAAUGCAGCUGUUUUAAAGCCGGCGGAACAUAAAUUGCAACAAUGGGAGACAGAGCCAGGAUUUUAUUCUAUUUUGACAGUAAGAUCCUGUAUUGACACAGCUACGUAAAUAUGCCAAACUAAAACUAUUGAAUCCUUUUUGUUUUAUUUGUUUAAAAGGGUUGGGUGUUUCAUUAAAAGACAAGGAGAGUAAAAUAAAAAGUUAUUCCACUCAACUCUGUAUCUUAUUAUAAAAAUUGUUAUGCCUCUUUUUAAGGUCUUAUUUCAAAAUUAUUCACAGGACAUCUUUUGCAAUCAUGUGAUUGAUGCCAAUGUUAGAUGGCUAGCUGCCCUUUAUUGCAAAAAUGGCAUUGACAGAUACUGGAGAAAAUCAGCACCCAAGUGGGUAUUAAUGUUAAAGUGUGCACAACCCAAAAAUUUAAAAGUAGUGAUAGAUUUCUCCAAGUUGAAGAUACCCCUUUUAAUAAUUGUUAUGAAUUUCUUCUUAAAAUAUACAAAAUCAACAUAUAAGCAAGAGCACAGUCCUUAUUUUCAAAAUUCCCUACAAGCUACAACUGGUAAUGAAGUUACUACCAUUUUACAAUGAUUUUACCUGAUGUUUGAGUUGACAGGAUUCUGUUGUAAACAUUAUUUUGUGGUUUGUGAUUGUAAAUAUCAAACAGUAAUGUUAUCAGUAUUGAUUAUUGUGAAAUAGUUUUAUAAUAGUAAGAUACUGUUUUUCAGUGCAAUAUCUGAGGAAGAGAAAGAGGCUAUCAAGAAAAGGCUUGUUUCUGACUUCACAGAGCCAGUACCACAGGUAAGAUCGACAUAUAAAGCAAAUGCAUUUUUAUAAAGUUUAAGUCUGACAAGUAAAAUAUAGUUUCAUUUAUUAACUGAUCAUUGUGGCUAAGAUUUUAACAUAAUGUAUACAACAUUAAGGGGCUGUACAAAUUUUAAACUUCUUUUUCCAGAUUGCUACACAGAUUGCUGUUCUUACUGCCAAAAUUGCACGUCUUGAUUGUCCAAGGAACUGGGAUGCACUUCUUCCAACUUUGCAUAAUGCUGUACGUUGUGAAGAACAGCUUGUUCAAGAGAGGGCACUUUUAGUGCUACAUCAUGUUACUAAGACUCUGGCAUCCAAAAGAUUAGCUCCAGAUAAAAAGUUGUUUGAGGAGGUAUUUUCUUUUUCCUAAAUUUUAUUCAUUGCAGCCUUCUAUUAGACUCUGAUAUCAACUUUUCUUCAGCGAGAAUUUUCACUAAGCGUGUUAGUUAAUGAUUUUUUUUUUAUCUUGGAAAUCCAUUAGCCUCUCAAUGAUCUUCGCUUUUUUUUGUUAUCGCUAGCUUUGGUUAACAAUGAUCCCAAUCAAAUGAAAAAUAACAAUGAUUCAAACCAUAUAUUUCAUGGAUAGUCAAAAGAUUUGAAGAGCCAUUAUUGCAUAAAAUAUCUAUGUUUUCCUUUUGAAAAGAUAUUCACAUUUUAUGUCAUUGCCUCAGCUUACUCAAGAUGUAUUUGCUUACAUGGUGUUACUGUGGAACACUCAGCUGGGCAGGUUUUUCCAGGUAGCCGCUCAACAUGAUGAAUCUAUGACACCAGUAAUUGACCGCUGUCGUCUUAUCUUAAAAAGUAAGAGUAUCAUAAGAUCGUUAUAAAGAUUAAUAUUCAGAGCAUAAAUUCUUUAUAGAGUUUAAAUUCUUUAAUAACCUGACUAAACAGUAAAAUCAUUUCUAAUAAUGAGAAGGAAUAAAUGUAAACUCUCAAAAGUGUAUUUGUGCCUACUUUUAAUGUGCUAAUUUGAUGCCAUUAAUGCAGGUGUACUUACAAAGCUAGAUAGUUUUGAAUAGAGUAGAAUCAGAGGAAAUCUAUAAAUGCCUUUUAUAAAAUUUAUAUCCUCAAUUGACUAUAUUUGUGAUCAUAUCUGUAGAUUCUGAGGUAAGAUGUGAGCAUAAUGUAAUAAUACUUUUUAUUCAUUAUUGUAUGAAAAACAUUUUUAUUUUAUAAACAGUUCUGAGGAAGCAGGUGUGCUAUGGCUUUAAGGAAGUACACAAAAGUGAAGAUGCAAUGAACUUCAUCGCCAAUCUCUUCCCUCAGUUAGAUGCACUUUUAGAUUGUAGUAAGUUAUGCAUUCUGGAUAGUGGAUUUCUUUAAUUAAAAAUGUAUAAUUUCAAAUAUAGUUUUGAUUUACAAUUUUUUAAUUUUAAAGGGAGCUAAGUUUAAUUUAUGUAAACAUUUUGGAAAACUAGUCAUUAAGAAAAGCAACAACUCAUUUUUAAACUAUAUUUGUUGAUGUUUCUGAUUUAUUCUGGCAGCUUUAGCUUACUUGGUAAGAUCAUAGCUAUUUAAUCUGGAUGGCAGAUUUUUAUUUGCUUACAAAUUACUCUCUGACAUCUGUAUUUAGAUUUUUCUCAGGGUUUUUACUUAAAUCCAUUCCAUCUGGCUAAAUAAUUACAGCUGGGGACAACCCCAAAUGUAUUUGAACCAACUGCCUCUUGUUUGAGAGGCAGACAAUGUUAACAUUGCGCAGUAACUAACACUAGCAACUGAUUAAUGAUUAACAUAAACUUUUAUGUGUCUUGUUUUGGACUUUGAAGAAAGUAAAUAUAAUCAAUUUCAUCCAUUUUAUUUUUUUAAAGUGAAAUGAAAAAUAAAGUUUGGGAGUUUUCUUUUUUAAAUGGUAAUAUUGAACAUGUCUGAAUUCUCAUUUAAUGCAGGAAGAAGUCUUUGGGGUCAUCAUGCUAUGCUUGAAAAAUGUGAGCACUUAAUUUCAUUAAUAACCAAAGUGGUAAGUAAGUUCCAAAUACAAUAUUCUGCACUUUCUUUAUCUAUUAUAUUUAAUUAAUUAAGUAGAAAAAAGGGAUAUAUACCUCAUGAAAAGUUAGCUCAAUAGUAAAGGGGUAAUAUUUUGUCACAACUUAUGAAGAUCAUUUAAUGUAAUACGAUUUUUAGAAACAUUUAAUGCCAUGACAAAUCAUUUAUAAAUAAUAUGUGUUUGUUCCCAGCUGCUGGACUUGCUAGAGAUGCACCCAACAUCCUAUGUACACUUUAUAAAAACAACACUCACAUUUGUGGUACAAUACAACUUUACAGCUAAAGGUUUGUUAUAAGUAUAAUUAUAUUAUACAAAAUAUGAUAGUUGUCUAUUCUUUUUCUUUACUUAUGAUCAAAAUGCAUCAGUAUAUAUAUAUUUUUAAAAAAUUAUUUGAAAAUCAAGAGAUUUGGGUCCUCAGACUCUACAUCUUAAAAUAGUGAGGGCCAGAAGUGUGUUCUGUUAGUUAAAAUUUCUUCAAUGUUCUUUUAUAAAUCAAAUAUUUAUUGUUCAGGAAAACAGUUAAAAUUUGUGUAAUAGAAGUAUUAGAAAAAUGAUGAGUUCUUCACUUGCUGUCCUAUAAAAAAUUUUUAUUAAAAAUUGUUGUUUAACAUGACUUAUUUCCUACUUAAAAUUCAUAGGUCUUCUGUUUGAGAGGUUCACAGUGAAUUGUUUUAAUUUAAUGAAGCAGAUUCUGUUCAGUGAUGCAUACAAGCCAAGGAAAAAUAAUGAUGGUAAAUGAUAAAGCUCUAAGCAAUGAAUAUGUUCGAUCUUCCACAAGACAUUCAAAUGUUUUUUAAAAGAAUUUAAGACAACACAAACUUCUGUGAAGACUGUUCGUUAAUCUUAGAUGGUCAUUUAUUACUUAUUAAAAAUAACCGUAGUGCUAUAUAUUUCUUAUUAAAAAUAACUAGUGUGGCUCACUACCAAGGAUUCUACUCAAACUAAUAAUCCUACUAAAAAAACUGAUUCAGCUCUACUUAAUGAUCCAACUAAUGAUGACUUUUUCUGCUCUAAUGCCUUUUCAACAAAUUACACACUUUCCCACAACAACAAAGACAAAAUCAGGACACAAGUUGCUUGACAACAAACAUUCCACCAGGCUCUAAUGGGACAUUCAACACACCAAAACAUAACAAAGGAUUGCCACCAAUUUCACUCCAUAUCCUAUACUCUGUAAAUUUUGGUGAAAGUUAUUAAAAAAAAAAAAAAUUAAAAAAAAAGAUAAUUCAUUGAAAACUGUUUAAAAUCUAAUAUGCUCAUGGUAUACUCUUCUUUGACUAGAACUUGCUUUCAGUCAUUUCCGCAGAAAGUUAUUGGUAGAUUAAUUUCGUAAAAGCAGUAUUUAAACUUCCUUAAGUUGUCAGAAAUGUGGCAAAGAUUACAUGAAAAUAAAUGGUUUUAAAGAAAGGAAAUGGCUUAAGGGGAAUCAAAUUUUUUAAGGAAUUAGUACGUGUUUAAAAUAUUUUAAGGAAUUUUUUUUCAUUCAUGUAAAACAAAUUUUAUUAGUCUAAAUGUCUACUCAAAUGUAAACCUUUUGUUUCAGAUGAUACCUGCCCAGUGACAUUAGAGGCUAAUAAGAUUAUCACAGAGUUUUUCACAUUUGACACUUUAUCUGAAAUAUGUCGGCGGCUUGUUUCUGAUUACUUUCUUUUAACAACUGAUGACCUUACAACAUGGGAUGCAGAUCCUGAACAAUUCUGUGAGUAGGCAAACUUUAUUAUUUAUUACAAAUUUGAAACAGAAUUUCUGUAUUAUAUAAAUAAAUAAAUUUUAAAGUAUCUAAAUUGUUAUUUAUCCUGUUUAAUUUACAGGUCAAGAGGAAGGUGGGGAUUCAUACAAGUACUCUUUAAGAGUAAGUCAACAAUUUCUUAUACAAUAGAGGUUUCAGAAGAAUAAGAAUAUUGUUCAAAUGGCCAUUGCAUAAAAGUGUAUAAACUGUCUCACAGACUUAACGUUUGAAAAUUAAGUAUGUCUACAUAUAUUAUUUUAAUAGAAAAAGUAUUUUUUCAAUCAGUAUUUACCUGAAAGAUGUACAAAUAUUUAUUUGAAUGAUAAUAAUUAUGUUAUGGCAACAUUAUUUUUAUAUAACAUGUUCAAAUAAAUAUUUGACAUUUUAGGGGGGGGGGGGGAUAUGAUUAAGCAGCUUUGUAAUGGCUUUCUAAGAACUGUUGUAGUUUUGCUCUGGUUUUGGCUUACCAGUUGUUCUGAUGGUUAACAGGAUUUAUCUAGAUCAUAUUGAAACUAAAAAAUGGCUGGAAAUGAGAAGUUUAUUUGCAAGCUUAAAUUUCUAACAAACAAAAUAAAACUGUUUUCUUCAUUGCCGCUUACGGAAAUGACUAGUUACCAACUUGCAAUUUAAUUUAUUUUCAUGUGGAAGAACCCUGCAGCUGUGAGUUUUGGACCACGUUAUCAUUAUUUAUUAAAGGUUUUUAUUUCACUAACUUUUGUUUGAAACAAAAUUGUAGUUGUUUCUUUUAAUAUUAUUUUUAUUUCAUUUAGUUCAAAUUGAUAUUCUAUUACUUUGUGUAUCAGCAAAAUAUAGAAAAGAUGUAAUGAAUCAAUUUUUAAUGAAAAUCAUAGAUCUAAAAGACACACACCAGACUGACCUUUUCAACAAAAUCUGCAUGCAAUUAAUAUUUCUUUCAUAACUCUUUCUCUUACAUAUUUUCCUGGGCAAGAAAAGACCAUUCCAUAUUGGAAUGACACUAAAUAAAAUAACUCCCAAUUUACAAUUGUUUUAUGUUGAAGAAAAAGUUAUGUCUGUGAAAUAAAGUACUGUAGAACCUCCGAUAACGAGCAUAAAAUAUUUUGGAAAUUUGUUUGUAAUUGAAAGCACUCAUAUAUCUCCAUAAGAAAUUGGGAAACUCAGAUGAUUUUUUUUUUUACCCAAGUAUAUCUAUAUGCAUAUAAAAUCUUAGAAAAUACAUUUUUAUUACUGUAUUUGCCAAAUUAUAUGACACAGCAGCAUGUAAGAAGCACCAUCUUUUUAUACAUAUUUUAAGGCACAUGAGACACGCAGCAUAUUUUAAUCGUAUUUUGAGAGCGUGGGGGAAAGUGAGUCCGUUUCGCUCGCAAAUAGGUUAUUUAAAUUUAAUAUAAAGUAGUCAACUUUAUUUAUUUAAUUUAAUCAUUACUGGUGUGAGGGAGAUGAGAGAAAGUAGAAGAAUAGGGUAAUUAUGUAGGACUACUUUCAUUGUAGGAGUAGGGUAAUUAUGUAGGAUGACUUUCAUUGAUGGAGUAGGGUAAUAUGUAGGAAAACUUUCAUUGAUGGAGUAGGAUAAUUAUGUAGGAUGACUUUCAUUGUAGGAGUAGGGUAAUUAUGUAGGACGACUUUCAUUGUAGGAGUAGGGUCAUUAAGUAGGACGACUUUCAUUGUAGGAGUAGGGUAAUUAUGUAGGAUGACUUUCAUUGUAGGAGUAGGGUAAUUAUGUAGGUCGACUGUCACUAGCACAAUCACAGCUAUCUCUUGGCUCAUGGGAAUCUGUUUUAUUUUCAUAUGACUUAAACAAGAAAUGUAAUAAUGACACUUGCUUUUGCCUUCAUUUUCAACCUUUUACAUUACUGGGGCCAUUAUUGCUGUGCAGUUACUAAAGAACAGUCACUACACUUGGACAAAACACACAUGGUCACAAAGCUGCAGUAAACUGUAUUAAACAUUAUACACUUUCCCCGGAUGUUGAAAAAGCAAGUGCCUCAUUGAGUGUGACAGAGCGUGGUAAAAGAUUGCACAUUGACUCAAUUGCUCAUUUGGCCAACCAUCGCUAGCAUAUCAAGUCAAAAUGUAUUUUAUAAAAAUUUUGCUUGUCUUGCAAAAUACUUCCAAACCAAUUUCCUUUCAAUUAGAGGUUUUACUGUAAUUGAAGUGUGUUUUUUUUUUUUACAGGAUUCUUUCUUUAGUUUCAAAUAUAAGUAUGUAAGGAUUUUUUUCAAAUUUCUGGUAGAAGUAUGUCAAGUAUUUUUAGGAACUACAAGAAUUUUACUAAAAAAACUGCUUGCUGGCUUAUUCAUCAGUCAAAUCAUUUGUAUAAAUAAUAUCCUUUUCAAUAAACAGCAUGACAAGUUUUUAUGGGUCUGAUUAAACUGAAAUGUUAGGCAAAAAUAAUAAUUUGCUGUUAUUUACUAUUAUAAAUUGAUAUGCUCUUCUGUUAUUUUGAACUGUGUAAAUUUAUCACGAUGUUAUUCAUUUAGCAAUAAUUUGUUUUCCAUGUGCAAUCCUUCAUUUUCAGCUAUUAUAAGGUAUUUAACAUGAUUUUCUUUUUCAAUAAAUAAAUAAUUUCAUUACAUUUUAUCCACUCCACAGCCUUGUACAGAAACCUUAUUUCUUACCAUUUUUAAAGCAUUCCGUCUUUCAUUGAGCCCCAUCCUGCUAGAGAUGGUACAGGCUGUGCAAGGACCAUGUGACUCAGAUAAUCUAGCUGCUCUCCUCAGGAAAGAUGCAGGUAAACCUAGUAGUUAUGUUAAAUUACCUUACUAAAAUAUUAUUAAAAAUGCUGUUAUAGGAUCUGAGGUGGCUUAUGAAAAAAAUACUUAUUGGUUACUGUUCAGAUAAAUAUGUUAGAUCCUUCUUGAAACUAAACAUGAAUAGGGGAGAGCAGGGUGGGCUGUCACAUUUUUACCAGCCAUUAAAUGAGUUUUGAUUUAAACGAAGUUAAAUUUUACUGACUGAUAGUUACUUCAUUUAAGGUUAAUAUGGUAUGAGUUGAAACAAUCUAUGGGUUACUAGUUUUGAUAUAUAGCUGUUUCUAGAAGGUCUCCAGCAUGUGACUUUCAGUCCCACCCACGGUGUUCGUUGUCACAUUUUUCAUUAUUAUUAUUUUAUUUUGUUGAAUUAAGUAUUCUAAAAGAGUGUAAAUGACGUUAAACUAAUCCACUGAGUAGGGCUUGGUUUAACCAGAUCAAAAUGUUUAAAUUUAUUUUGUACCUUACAUUUUAAGAGAGUUAUGGCACCUUAAACUUUUAGACUAGCACCGGUACCACAUUGGAAUGCAGUCUAAAGUAGAUAUUUGAGACCUAUAUAUUUUUAAUUAAUUAGUUAGAAAUUUCAAAUUGCUUAUACAAAAAGUCAGUAAUACAUUGAUUUAGAAAAAAAAUUAGUGGGGGGUGGGGGUGGGGGGGGGGUUGUUGAACCUUUGAUUGGAAGCAAACGUUUAUUAAUCCAAAAGUGAGCUGAAGCACAAUUUUACAAAAUACAGAAAUUAAAAUUAGAAUAAACUAAAAAAAGGAACCUUUGAAUUUGAUUUUACAAUCAAACAUGCUAGUUAAAGAAAAUAUUUUUAAGGGGGGGGGGGGGUGGGGGGGGGGUUGUUGAACCUUUGAUUGGAAGCAAACGUUUAUUAAUCCAAAAGUGAGCUGAAGCACAAUUUUACAAAAUACAGAAAUUAAAAUUAGCAUAAACUAAAAAAAGGAACCUUUGGAUUUGAUUUUACAAUCAAACAUGCUAGUUAAAGAAAAUAUUUUUAUAGGUUUUAAAUCUUAAAUGAAUAAUGUAACUGCUGAAUAAAUUUAUAAUAUAUAUCUUCAACUUGCCAUGGUUAAAAAUUGAAAAAUCUCAACUUUUUUUUUUACAUGCCCAAAUGGUUUGAAAUCAAGUAUGCAGAGGUACUUUGUAGUUGUGCAUUUAGUCUGCAUUUUAAUAUUUUGCAUCUUUUCUGGUUUCUCCCCUACUGUGGCUGGUUAACUUUAAAGAAAUCUGAAGAAAUGAUAAGCCCAAAUCUAUAGCAAUGACCAUUUCUAAAUUCCUUUUAUAGCAUUGCUGUCUACCAGGGUGGGAAAGGGGGAGGGAACGAGUUCAGGUUGUAAAUAUGUCCCCUCAACCCUUUAUGAAGUUCAGAUGCCUGCUGUUUUUUUGUCCAGAAGGCCUUUGAUUCAUAUUCUUAUCUCUGCUGGGAUGAAUGUAUGGAAUUUUUACUGGGCAGAAAUCAUGUUAGGACUGUCAAGAUAUCUGAGGAAUUCUGUUGAUGAGACAAGUUAGAUAGAGGUUUUGAGACAAGUUAGAUAGAGGUUUUGAGACAAAAUUUGAGUGAAAAUCAACAAAAUUUUAAGAAAUAAUGUGAUAGGGGUACAGGCUACUGAAAUUUUGCUCAGUUAAAAUAAAUUUUGACAGAUUAACUCAUUUUAUAUUUUAAAUGACUGUCUGAGUAGCUUGGGUUUAAUUUUUAAACCAAGGUUGUCAAAUAUAGCACACAUUGGCUGUAUGUGGCCCAUCAUAGCAUUUCAAGUGGCCAUCCAGACAGCCCAAGUUGUAAAAUUCAGUUUGUAAAUUUUGUUCACAGCCUAUAAUGCGGUUGGAUUAGCAUCAUUUGAUCUGUUUGAUGAAAUAGACUUUGAUUCCUGGUUUACAACACAUCUAUUACAAGAGCUGCAAGUUAAGCAUAAAAGGUAGUUCAAGUCACUUUAUUUUCAUUAAUUAUUUUAUUAUAUUAAUUUUAAGAUGCAUGCCUAAAGUUAUAUCUAAUUAGACAUCUUUAGUUAACUAAUCAUGUUUAAGAAAAUUAACAUAUUGGGGGUGGGGUGUUUGUCAUCCAAAACACAAAAAUGUCUGAUUUUGUCAACCUUCUCUCCAAGUUGAAUCCCUUGGUAUGCACUGGUAUAUUUGCAAUUAUGAAAUCAAUGGGUUAAUUUUUCUUUUAAUUGCAAUAAAACAGAAAAAGUGUUUAAACCUCAGACAGUAUUUUUAUCCUCAUGCAACUUAACAGACAGUAACCAUACAAAAUGAGAAACAAAUAAAAGAACAAUGUUUUUUUUUUUUUAAUAAGAUAAAUUUAUUUCAAUGAAUAAUAAUAAUAAUCAGAAUGUAAUCAACCAAUAAUGGUUUCUGGUUGCAAAUAACAUUUAAUAACAUUUUAUAAACAAUAUUAUUAACAGCAUUUUAUUCUUCUUGGUGACAGCUACCGUGUGAUACGCAAACGUGUUGUGUGGCUGAUGGGCCAAUGGGUUGGAGUGAAGAUGUCAGUCAGCCUGCGACCUGCACUUUAUGCAGCUGUGUUGGAAUUGCUAGAUACACAAGAGGAUCUGGCUGUUCGACUAGAAGCUGCCCAGACACUUAAGACUGAUAUCCUUUUUUUUUAAUGCUUGCUCUACCUUUAAAAAAAUUUAAUCUGACAAUAUCUUGUCAAAAAAAAGCUGCUUUUAACAAUAAUAAUAAUAUAAUAAAUAUUAUUUCAUUCAUUUAGUUCUGAUACCUAAAAAACAUAUUCCUUAACCUGCAUUACCUGUUGAUGAUUUUGAAUUCAGCACAGAGCAACUAUUACCGGUAAAAAUAAUUGUUGAGUUUGAUUUUUAAAAUUAUGAAAUAAGGAAUCAAAUUGGGCCAGUUUAUCAUGCCUCCAUACUAAAUGGUGAGAGAGAGAAAUAACCCUUAUUUUUUUUUUAUCCAGAUUAUAAAUUCAACAUUCUGUAGGUAUUUGAUUUUUUACAAUUUUUUCAAUCACUGAUUCGCAUUUACAUUUUAUUUUUCAGUACAUAGAAUCUCUUUUUUCACUCUUAUUCCAACUACUCAAGGAAGUACGAGAAUGUGAUACAAAGGUACUUACUUAUCAAAGUGUGAUGUAUUUAAAAUUUCACUUUUUUAUUUUUUUUUAUUUUUAUUUGGAAAUAAAAACCCAAAUCAUUACAUGUACAUAUAAAUAAUCAAUUAAAUUUUUUAUUUCAAAUAACUAAACUAUAAAAUGCCGUACAGUUAAGAAUUUUGUGAACAUUAUGUAAGAUACAUUUUUAUCCCUUUGCAUGUUAAUAUUCUUUUACAUCACUGGACCACAUCUGAUCCAAAGACGUCAAAAUACUUAAUACUGGUACUUUCUUAUUACGGUAUAACUAUUCAAUCCCUCUACAACCAUAAAUUCACGCCCAAGGAGUUUAUUAAUCUACUGAUCCUUAAAUAAAUAGCAGCACUGUGAUUUGUUUCCUUUUUUCAAAUGGCUUAACAGAUGCACGUGCUUCAUGUAUUGUCCUUUGUCAUCGAAAGAGUGGGUUCCAAGAUAAGGCCAUACAUUGCUUCCCUUGUUCAGUAUCUUCCCUUACUUUGGAAAGAAUCUGAAGAACACAACAUGUUACGGUGUUCCAUUCUUACUUGUCUUAUACACUUGGUUCAGGUAAGAUAAUUAUGUUUGCCUUCAAAAAGUAUGGGUAAUAAAAUUUAGAAGAAAAAAUAUUUUUUUUAUUAAUUUUAUCCCUUUCUUUGUCACUUCGGUCAAUAAUAGGGAUAUGGAUCUGAAUCUACACAGCUUUGGCAGUUUAUCUUACCAGCCAUUGCCAUAAGCACAGAUACUAGUCAAGAGCCACAUGUUUACUUGUUGGAAGAUGGCUUAGAGCUCUGGUAUGUCACACUCAUCAAUGCUCCAGCAAUGUCUCCAGAGUUGCUCAAACUGUUUGAUAACAUGCCAGCAUUAUUAGGUAAUACAAACAGGAUAAUAGUUUUUAGUUUUACUUUAAAAACCACCACUCAUGCAUGUCCCCUUUUUUUAAACCUUUUUAAACUUCUCUAUGGAAAAAUAAAAAGAUUUUAGGAAGAGAAACAUUUCUACCUUUUGCUAGCUAAACAAGGAAUUUUCCAGAAAACUCAUGGUCCAUGCAAGGAACAAUAGUGAUAUUAAAAAUAAUGCAUGUUUUUUUUGUUUUGUUUUUUUAAAUACCCUGGUACAUAAGAUAAGAGCAUAACAAAAUUCAAGUUACUAUCACUAGUAUUGCUUUUAUUUUAUAGAAACAUAAAAAAUAUUUUAAUUUAUAUUCCACUUGAGAUAAGCAAAUGUUACAAAAUUCAUUCUUAUCCCAUUAAACAUUGUUUAUUUUUUGUAAACCUACCGGUACCUUCACCCAAAUCCAUUAUUUUAAAAAAACAACUUUGGUAUGGUUUUUUAUUUAAAAUGAUCAUAACUUAUUUUGGAUAAUUGUUUACACAGAAACUGUUCAAUUAAAAUGGUUCUUACAAUGUUAGAAUGUUAUUUGCUUUUGUAAGAUUGUUUUUGUAAUCAUAAGAUUAUUUUUUAUCAUAAGAUUGUUAUUAAAAUUUGUUAUCAUAAGAUUAAUGUUAUCAGCUACCCAUAUUAUUUUCAGAUUUAGGUACAGAAAAUUUGAGAACUUGUCUUAAAAUCAUUCAGUGUUAUGUUCUACUGGGUUCUAGAGAUUUUAUGCAGGUAUGUUUAAAGUUAAUUUGUGAGUUUUGUAGUUUGAAAAAGAUCUUUGAAUUCAAUUUAGUUUUAAAAUUAAAAAAUUAAAAAACGUGAAUGAUGAUUUUUCUUUUGUAUCAUUCAGGCAUACUCUGAGGUCCUAGCAACUUCUCUUUUGAGUCUAAUGACAGAUAUUCGCACUGAAGGAAUGGUGCUCAUCUUAAGGGUAAUACUUAGGAUGUUAAUUUGAAAUCGGGUUUACAGUUAUCGGUUUCUUAUUUUUUUUUUAAACUUUAAUCAAAUUUUACUUACUGGACAGGGUACUUAAACAUUUUUACCACCACAUUAUCUUUCCAGUUAGUUGAACUUAUUCUCAAGGCAUUUCCAAUUGAAGGGCCAUCUGUUUUCCAAGCUAUGCUUCCUGGGAUAAUUAGGUCAAUUUUAAAUGGAGAGGUGGGUACUGCUUUUCUUUUCUUAUAUUUUAUGCAUUAAAAAUCUGUAUAUAACUAAAAAAUCUCACUUUUUUUCUUCAACUUGUCUUACACUUAAUGACUUAAAAUUCCUUUAAAUUUAAAAAUUGAUAUAAUUUUCAUAGCUUUGACUUUUGAUCAAGUACAGUAAUAAUAAAUGCAUACCAGGUAUAAUAAAAAUUAGUCAUUGCAGAGUGUGAGUGAUGUUUUUCAUUUCAGGAAAAUACUGUUGUGAUGGCCAUGCACCUAAGCCUGUUUGCCAGGAUCCUCCUUCAGAACCAGCCAUUUAUGUUGUCUGUCAUUCAACAUUUGGCUGUAGAAGUUGGGAAUGAUGUGAGAUGUUAAGUAUUGACUUAAUUUGCUUGUAUGUUUGUGCUUACACCAUGUAACACACCUUACACCAUGUAAAACACCUUAUUGAUUUUCAGUAUGUUGGCCUUAGGUUGUCAAUAUAAAUAUACGGUAUUCAAAUUAUUUCUUCAAAAGUGUAGUUAAAAACCGAUAAUCGAUACCUGUACUUUUUUCUUUAUCAAAAAUUUAUUUUAAAACAUAAUUAUCCAUUAGAAAUAAUUAUAAUAAAAGGGAGGAAAACUAACAAUGUGAUCAACAAUUUUUUUAAACUUAAAAAAAGUUAAAAAAGAAAAUUAAAAACAUUUUGGAUGAUUCUCAGUUUAUUAAAUUUAAAUACCAGGCUGCAGUACUGGUAUCUCGAGUUAAAUUAACAAAACUUAUUUUGCAAACAAAAAAAUAAUUUAUACAAGCUAUAUUUUUACAACACAUUUAAUUUAGACUUAUGCUGUGUUUGGGGCACUUCUUGACCAGUGGACUGAUCGUUUUGACAUAAUAACCCAACCAGAGAGAAGAAAACUCUCAGCACUUGCUUUGGCAUCAAUGUUGCCACAAAACUACAGGUAAUUUUAUGAAAGAUAAAACUUGAUUCAAUAUAUAUAUUUACCUAACCUAUUUAUAUAUAUAUAUAUAUAUACCGAGGUAUAUAAGUUAUAUAUGGUUAGGCCAUUUAAGGAGGAAGGCUGUUUUCCAAAGGAUCUGCUGUAUGGAAUUGGCAGAAGGGGCAAGACUUAUUGGACGGCCACAGCUUCAUCUUAAGGACGUUUGCAAAAUCAUGAGGGAAGCCAACAUAGAAAUAAAAUUACGGGAGAUCAUCACUGAGAACUGAUCCAGCUGGCAAAAGCAGUGUUUGAAUGAGUCAAAAAGGCAGAAGAUGAGCGAAACAAGCCUUUGCAAUCAAAAGAGCAUUAAGGAAGGCCAUAUUUUAACCAGAAGUCAAGGUUCUCCUGCAAGAGAUGUAGCUGAGACUGCCAUUCCAGAAUCUUCUUCUUCUAUAUCUUAAGGGCCCACGAUCAAUGUAUUGAUCAUUUUGGCUCCUAUGCAUGUAGAUGGGAUUUGCAAUGUUUCUGUUACUGGUGUUGAUGAGGAAAUCAUGCACUAGGGAUUUGAAGGCUUGAGGCAAUAGACACGAAUGUGUCUAGUGUUGUUGCCUCAACCGUUCCUUUUGAAAGAUUGUUCCAGUCUCUGAUUGUCUUGGAUCUGCCUCGUAAACCAUUAAAUGAAGUAUCCUUAGCUACUCUAGCGUCUUGCAAAGAUGGAAGUAUGCCAUAUAUAUAAUAAUAUAUAUAGUGUAAAAUAUUAAGAAAAAUAUAUUAUAACAUAAGAUUUACUUUUUAAGUCUUAAUAUACUAACAGGUACAUUUUCAGAUUAAAUAAAAUUCUUCAAUAUUUUGGCAUACUGGCGUAAUGGGUAUAAAGUAUAAAUUACAAUGACCUAAAAUUUAACUGGCUUAAUAAAUAUCUGGUAAAUAGGCUUCAUUUUUCUACACUUUUCAAUUUUUGGCAGUCCACUUUUAUAGUUUUAAUCCAGUUAUCAAAAUGUUCAUUUUUAGCCAUAUCCAUAGUAAAAUAUUUCCAUAAUACAUUUUUUGUUGUACACGCCGUGGAAAAUGCUACUCACUAGUAGUUUAAAUCAAUGUUUUUGCAAAACACUUAUUGACAUUUUUAAAAAAUAUUACUAAUUAAAGUAAAGAAAUUGAAAGAGCAAAUUAUCCAUUUCAAUUUUUUUUUUUUUUUUUUUAGGGGUAAACAUUAAUUUUUAUAUUUUUAAAAAAUAUUAAUAAUUAAAUUAAAGAAAUUGAAAGAGCAAAUUAUCCAUUUCAAUUUUUUUUUUUUUUUUUUAAGGGUAAACAUGAAUUUUUAUAUAUUUCUCCUUAAGAUGCAAGAUGAUAAACUAAGAGUGCUUGCAACAUGUCUACAAUUACAUUCGCUACCGGGUAUAGAAUUUUUUAUUGCUAAGUGUUCAUAACUGGUAAUUGAAUAUAAUUACUAAUAUUGGUGAUUAAAAAGAAAUAUAUUUUCUAAAAAUAAUUUAGCAUUGUCACAGAUCGUUUUGGAGUCAUUAUUAACAACCUUGUUGAAGUUCUCCAUGACAUUUGUCGGAUUGAUGAUGAGGGAACUUAUACAGAGUAAGUACUGGUACCCAGUACUCUUUUUAAGCAUUUUUUUUUUUUUAAAAAGAUGAUUGAUUUUGACAUUUGUUCAUUAUUAUCGAUGUGUUACUUCCUUUUUUUCUUUACUGAGGGCAGUUUGUUUUUAAUUUUUAACCUUUUUUAAAUGUUAUUAAUUUGGUACUGUUAAUGCCCUAGGCUAAACUAAUAAAUUGAUAUCAAGAUUUGUCUAAAUUACAUUUUCUGUUAUUACUUUACAAAACAUUAAAUUAGUUUAAUGUAAAAAUGGAACAUUUGCCAUUGAAGUUGUUCUUUUUGCUUUAAUUUGAAGUGAAGAUAACAGUUUAAAAGUUAUAAAAAAUAUUUUUUUUAGUAGUCUUGUGAUAGACCAUGGUAGUGCUCAUGUAGAUGAUGAUCAAGACACCCAGCAUGACAAAAGGAAACAUUUGGUAAUCAUUACUUUUACUAAUUAUCAUAUAGCCUCUUUUUUUAUGUUUAUAAGUACAUGUCAGUUUUUCAGUACCGGUAUUUAGAAUUAUAAGUUAUUGGCGUUGUUUUUCAAAGUGAAGAAAUAAAAAAAACUUUUAAAUUGGGAAGUUUAAAGAAUAAUAUAUACCGGAUAUUUAUUUUAUAUGUCUUUCAUUUCAUUUUCCAGCUUGCCAGACAAGAUCCAGUUCACACAGUGUGCCUCAAAACAUACCUUAUCUCCCAGCUCAAUUUGUGCCAGCAAACGAUUGGAAAGGAAGCAUUUGAUCAUUUUAUGAGCCAGGUUGAUCCUGAAGUUGUCAGCCAGCUUCAGCCUUUUUGCCAUUAGCUGGUGUUUUUAUGUUAGUAUGAUAUGUUAGUAUGUAUGUGAGUAAAUGGAGGCUUUAAUUACUUUAAUUGAAAAUAGUUUAAAAUAUGUUUUUAAAAAAUAAUUGCAUUAUUAAUAUGCACGUUAAACAAAGUUAAGGCUAAUACUGCAGAAUUACUUAAGAUUCGAAACUCAGUUUUAAUUUAGGAUUAAAUAAACAUCAUUUCCAGCACCACUUCAAAUUAAUAAUUUAUGAAAAUGAGUCCAAUAAUGUGAAUCUGGAGAUAGUUUAUCUGCUUUUUUCUUUUUGAAAGUGCUCAUACAAUAAACACCCAGUUUUGUUAAUGGGAAAAAAAAAAUAGAUGGAGAUUAAUGUAGAUCUGUAUUUAUGUAGUUAGGGGCCAUCCAUAUAUAAAAAAAGUUGCAGGUACUUAAUUAAAAAAUUAUUAUGAGUCAUAGAAUUUUAACUCAUCGAUUUCUUAAAUGAAGAAAAAAAUUCAUAACAAAUAAUUAUUUCAUUUCUGGGCAGUAUUGGAAAUAGCCUAGAAAAAUGUGUAUUGUUUAGUCUGUGAGAAGUUGAUCCGUAUAUGUUGGUGGGUUGGAAUGAAUGUAAUUUGUUUUCCCCAGAUGUAUUAAUUAAAAUAUGGUUGACCCCUUUAUAUGAAUGUCUAUAAUGUCACCAUGCAAAUUAUCAAAAUGGCCUGGCCUAAAAAUGGGGAAUGCCCAUUUGUCAAAAACUGUCUGUGACAAUAGUAAUGGAAAGGGAAGUGUUCCAAAAAUAAAUAAUAAACAUCAAUAUCUAACAAGUAUUUGAUCUAUUGUGCAUUGUCCUAUUUAAAGCAUGCAAUUACUAAACUACUAAUUUUUUUAACACUGACACACAUUAUAAGACUGUUUUUUUCCACUCUCCUGAUAACUAUAUCCCAUUACCGUACACACAUCUUUUAUGUUAAACCCUUAUAAAAUGUGUUGAAUUAAGGUUAAAAAUUAGUUAAAUGUAAGAACUUAUCCUGAGUUCAAAUUUGUUAUUUUAAAUUUGAAGUUGUAAAAUCAUUCGUUGUUUUAAAACAGUGGCCCCCCCAAACACCGGGCCGGUACCGGUCCUUGGAUCAAAUGGUACCGGGCCACCCAAGAAACAUUAAAUUAUUUCCAUUUUAUAAGCUUACCAGAUUUUCUGGAUGAUAAAACAUGUACGGUCAAGGAGCUUUUAUUAGCCCCCAUCCCUAUAAAAAAAACAAAGACAUCAGUUUUUUUGGGUAUUUGUGACAUCACAGGAUAAUUUUUAAAAAAAAUGAAUCACAGGUUUAUACAGCCAACAAUUUGGCCAGCCCAGUGGUCCCCAUAUUAUGCGUUGCUCUGGGUGCCAUGUUGCCCUCAGGCAGAGCCAUGAGCAUGGGGCAAAGAGGGCAGUCACAGCUGGAACCAAAUUAUAAAUCAAAACAAUCCAAAAUAUAAACAAU